GCCCUAAAAGAGACGUGGAGAAGGCUAUUGCUGCGCUCAACCUGCAAGAAGAGGACCCCGAAAACGCCGCCGACUUCAUCGCAGCCUGUCAGGACGCAGGCGUCAAGCCGAUCACAAAUCCCUUCUGGAAGGACUGGGAUUAUGCCGAUAUCCACCAAGCGCUCACGCCCGACAUCCUCCACCAGCUGUAUCAGGGCAUGGUCAAGCACCUGAUAGUAUGGCUCAAGCACGUAUACGGCGAGAAGGCCAUCGACGACCGCUUCAAGUGCCUACCCGAUAACCAGCAGCUUCGCCACUUUCACAAGGGCAUCUCUGGCUUGUCCCGCGUAUCUGGCACCGAACACCAAGAUAUCUGCCGUGUUCUCCUCGGUGUUAUCGCCGAUCUCCCUCUGCCCACCAACUGGCAAGGCCGCCCCGUCUGCGUUGUCAGAGCCACGCGCGCGCUACUCGAUUUCGUAUAUCUCGCUCAGGCCCCGGAGGCGACGGAGAGCACGUUGACAGAGCUCAAGCAGGCGCUGCACACGUUCCACGUCAACAAGCACAUCUUCAAGACACUGGGCCCGCGCGAACACUUCAAACUUCCCAAGCUUCACUCACUCACGCACUACGUCCCCUCGGUUAGGCUCUUUGGCACCGCCGACAACUACAACACCUCGUAUUCUGAACGCCUGCACAUCGACUAUGCGAAAUCGGCCUGGCGCGCAAGUAAUCGCAAGGACGAAUACCCUCAGAUGACGGUGUGGUUGCAGCGCCGCGAGCAGAUUCGCGCACAUCAAGCAUAUAUCGAUUGGCGUCAGCGCGCUCCCGGAGAGGACACACCGCGCAUCCGUCUCCCUCGCGCUCUCAAGCUCAAGAGCCAUAUCACGAAUGAACCGAGCGUCAGGGCACUCACUUGCGAGAAAGCCGAGCAGCGAUACGGCGCCGUUGACUUCGAGCGUGUGCUGAAGGAGUACCUCCUCAAGCUCCAGAGACCCAAGGACAGCGACCGGCUAAUCGGCCGUCUAGCGAAGACUUGGCCGCUACCUUUCCGCACCUUUCCCGCUUAUCAUCGCCUCAAGUUCUGGCACCCUGACGCUUUGGAGCGCGACGGCGAGUUCGUACCCGAACUCCCUGAUUCUGUCAUCGCACGGCCACAAUAUCGUGAUACGCAGAGGCGGAAGGUACAUGGGCAGUUUAGUACUGCUUUGGUAAACGAGUAUGGUGAAGGGGAUCACAUCGGCGUUGAUGGUUACCGUGUCGGUCGAAUCCGUCUAAUAUUUGGACUACCGGCUAAAACCCGGCGCUUGCUCUUCGACGACGACCCCACCAUCCCCGCCCACUUCGCCUACAUUGAGUGGUUCACGCCCUUCCGCGAUGCAUACAAGAGCAACAUCCACCACAUGUACCGCGUCAAACGCGACGUCGAAGGUCCAGAACAAGAGUCCCUUGUUUCCAUCCUCCCCACCGACCGUAUCCGCCGCAGCGUCUCUCUCCUCCCCCGCAUCGAGUCCCGAGACGUACCCACCACUUGGAACAAGGAUAAUAUCCUUGAGAAGUGCGAGUGGUUCCACGUCAACCCUUUCUCCGAUAGACACGCGUAUAUCACGGUCAAGUAG